AUGAGAAUGAAAAAGGUUGAAUUUAUCUUAAGUGUGGAAAGAACUAUCCUGAUGCUACUGGUGUCAAACCUGCUCCUGUGGGAGAAUGUGGCCUCUGCAUCCAUAGAUGCCAGAGCACUUGGCACUGGUGAGGUAUCCUUCAUAGACCUUUUCGACAAUGCCAUUAUAAUGUCUGAGAACAUCAGCAAGUUGGCUACAGAAAUUCAAAGGCUACUGAGCACCGAUGACUUCUCAUCAAACAUGUUCCUUAAAAUUCUUGAAGACUUUUUGAAAACGAUACUCAGCAUAUUGCAUGCCUGCGACAACCCUCUGCACCACUUACUGAUGGAAAUAAGCCCUUCACCAGGAGUCGCUGAUACUAUUCUAUCAAUAGUUGAAGAAACAGAGUUCAUCCUGGUAUUGAAGAAAAUGAAGAGAACCUUGUCUGGUCAGAGCUUGCAUUAUUACAGUCAGCUGAGGAAGAAUCAGGGCUUUUGUUUUUUUGUUUGUUUUGCUCUGUAUAUAUUGUCCUACUGCCUGCGUGUUGACAUAUAUAAAGUUGACACUUAUCUCAGACUCCUGAGAUGUGUGCAUGUUCAUGAUAGGAAUGCUGGAGGUGAAUGUGUAGCAGGGACCCAAGCUGCACAUCAGGUUCGGAAUGUGCUGCUUGAGGCUGUGAAAUUUAUGAUAAACUUGUGUGGCUGA